UCCUUCUCUCAUUCCAAUAACAUCCUGCCCCUCCUGGUCCAUCUGGUGUGGCGCUCUUACACAUCCAGCAUCAUGGACGUCGUCAAUCAGUUGGUGGCCCAGGGUCAGUUCAGGGUGCUGAAGGUUCCCCUGGGUUUUAUCAAGAUCCUACAGUGGUUCUUCUCCAUCUUGGCCUUCUCCACAUGCGGAAGCUACUCAGGAAUGCUGCGCGUGGCCGUGGAGUGCAAGAACCGCACGGAAAGCGACUUAAGCAUCGAGGUGGAGUUCGAAUAUCCUUUCAGAUUGCAUCACGUGUAUUUCGACGCCCCCACCUGCAAGGGUGGCAACCCGGAGCGUCUCUUCCUGGUCGGCGACUAUUCCUCCUCGGCGGAAUUCUUUGUCACCGUCGGCGUCUUCUCCUUCUUGUACGCCACGGCAGCACUCGGCGUCUAUGUCUUCCUCUUCGACAAGUACAAGGAGAACAACAAGGGCCCCCUGGUGGACCUUGGUGUGAGCGCCGUGUUUGCCUUCAUGUGGCUGGUGAGCUCAGCAGCAUGGGCCAAGGGUUUGUCGGACGUCAAGGUGGCCACGGACCCAGACCAGGUCAUCACUAUGAUUGACGCCUGCGACGCCGAAGAGAACCGAUGCCGCGAAGUCCACGACCCCGUCAUGUCCGGACUCAACACGUCUGUGGCAUUCGGCUUCAUCAACGUGGUCCUAUGGGUGGGAAACCUGUGGUUCGUUUUCAAGGAGACGGGCAUCAUCGCCCCCUUCAUGCGAGCUCCACCCGCUCAGGAGAAACCCCCCAGCGCCAUGACCGCGCCAGGAGCCUAUGAGCAAGAUCCCUACGCCAGCAACCAGGGGGGCUACCAGCCCGAUUACAACCAGCAGGGUUACAGCCAGGACGCAGAGCAGGGGGCACCCACCUCGUUCUCCAAUCAGAUGUGAACCGACAGGAACUUGGAAGAAUCGGAAGCGAGUGCCUGCUUGCAGCCAUCCCUUGAUGCAACACACACGGGGAUGGGGAGUAACCGGGCGUUUGAUUAUUCACGUUAAUCAAUUCGACAUCCUGUCGAGAAAUAAAUAAAUAAAAAAGGUCCAACAAACUAACAAAGAUCAAACAAAUGAAAAGAAAGAAAUAAACACAUCAAUAAAUAAAGUAUACGUAUAAAUGCACAUAUAUCUGUUGCAAGAAAGUAAUCCGAGCCCUUUGGAAUGAUUCCUGCAUAAAUCGGACAUAAUCUAAUAAAAUGUCUGACGAUCCAGCUCAUUCCAAAGGGUUCAAAUCCUUUUUCAUAUACUGCACAGUGUCUGCUACCAAAAAUAGAAUUUUUUUUUUUAGACAAGGAUAUGGCCUGACUACAUGAAGCGCCUCCCCCGACUUCAUUCAACGUGCCACAAAUUGGUUCCUAAACAAUAUUUUAAAAUCACAAAUGGCUUUGGCUUGUGCACAAUAGAGAUAGAAUAAAGGACCAUAGGUUCUUAAAGACAGGGCAAAUUCACAAAUAUUGAAAAGUGAACACCCGAGGGUUGACACUAUAUGCAUAUGUAUUAGCUAUAACUUCAUCCCUUCCACGUAUUUUUGUUUCCUUUUGUUGAUCUGCAUUGUUCAUUAUUCACACACCUAAACCAGAGCACAACUGGUUUCAAACCUAAAAACAAGCGAGCGUCUUAAAUCAAAUCAGGAACCAAGAUGGCUUCCGUGUAGAAGUUUUUAGUGACUCAGCAGAAACGACAACAACAAAAAAAACGUUAUUAGGAUGCGAGCUUAAAUGGAUAGUUUAUCUUCUUGGCUGCUAACAAGCUAGCCUCUUUGCCAAAAAAAAAACCCAAAACAAAAACAUAAAGUUCCUACAGUGGGUCAAUCCAUCCAUCUUGUUCUGCUGAUGUUGAAUUUUGUCCCUUCAGCCAAUCGGCAGCCAUCCUUGUGGAUGUUUGUGUUGUACAGUAACUGAUGACGUGUGUGUGUGUGUGUGUGUGUGUGUGUGCGUAUGUGUGUGUGUUGUGUUUCUCUCCUUUACACUUUUCUUUGUCGGUACUCCAGAUUUAGAAGACUAAAAGCACAGAUGCCUCAAUGAGUUGGUUAGCCCGUUGCAGUGUUGGGUCGUUGCGUCUGCCAUAUUGGAUGUGGCAGAGCUGCUGCACAAACAUAUUAAAGUAAAUGCAAAAGUAUAAAUAUGAAAGUGAAUGGGCUGAACUUGCGAAAUCCACAACAUACCAAGUACACCACAACACAAACGCCUCUCUUUUGAGACAAAGAUGUUUGGGCAACAGAUACGCACCUAAAAAAAUAACAUCUAUCAUUUUUAAUCUGAUUAUUGUACUGCAAUUGAUUGCUCUUGCUGCAUACGUAACAAAAAUUGGUGCCAGUUGUAGUUCUAGUCCAAUGAGAAGGACUUCCUACCAUUAGAAAGUUACAAUCUUUUGGGGGAAGCUCAUCUGAAGGGAAAGUACUGAGAGACGAUUCUAUUUCCCAGAGGGUUCCAUUCUUGAAAGAAGGUUCCCAAGUGAAGGCAGUAGUUUCCAGGGAAGGUUCUGUUCCCCACCUAAGGUUUUACUCCUGAGGGCAGAUAGUCGUCUCCAGUCAAGGUUCAAGUUCCAACUCUUGUCUCAACUGAAGGCUGGAGUCUAGAGACAAGGUCUGACUCUUCAGGGAAGGCACUUGUCCUAAGGUAGACCCCUUGUGAUGACCCAUUCCUCCACUUUUCCACAUUCAAUAUGGCGGCAAUUCAACUCAAUACGCUCAAUACAGUAUUUCUAGAUGUCUUUUGAUGACGGCAAUGGCGAUGAUGACGUACGUACUGUGUCGUUUGUUGCGAUGCCGCUCCCCCCACCCCUGCUGUGUUUAUCCGCCGUAAUGAUUCAAUAAACAACAAAACAAA